AUGAGAACCCCUUGUUGUGGCCAUGAGGCUGAGUCUUUUUCCCUUUUUCUGUUCUGGCUCAUUUUACUCAUUUGGAGGCGGUGAGGCGGAGGUGAACAACCAUACAGUAUAGUAACUCUGGCACUUGUACACACGAUUUGAGACCCUCUGUUGAUUCGCCACGAUAUCGCCAUGUCUGAGUAUGACGACGGCCCCGGCGACGGGCCGGGUGAGGGUAGGCCCAUGAUGGCCCAGAGGCCCAUUCUCAUGGGCAACUUGGCGCACGUUCAGCUGCCUCCACAGAAGAAGCUCGACGAGUUCUGGAACAAAUUCUCCGUUUUCAGAGGGAAGGCAACAACCAUCCUCCCCCGCAACGAGCUCGCCUCGCGCGUGGCCAAGCGCUCGGCGGCCAAGGACCUCGCCGGCGGCAGCACCAAGACGACCACGACGUCGUACGAGGAGGCCGCCGCCCUGUGCCGCGCAAAGGUCGACCAGAUCGUCGCCGAGUGCCGCCGUGUCAACCAAAAGUACCGCGACCCGCACUUCGACCUCGACUUUGACCUGCGCUCCGGCACCCGCGACUGCCUCGAGUCGCUCAGCAACGUCAAGGCCGACUACUCGUCCGACGACGAAGAUGGGCACUCAAGGUGCCCGUCCCGCUCGAGGUCGAGGUCGCGGUCCCGGUCCCGGAGCAGACGGCGGGGCGCUGCGCGAGCGAGGUUGCUACUACGUGGGUGGCCUGGGGAUGCCGGUGGUGUCGAUGCGGGUAUCUGCGCGGAUGGUCCUUCCAAGAAAGAGAUUCGCAAAGGAACCAAGGACGGGCGAUGGCCGGGGAGCGACUUCUCCCCGCGGUCGGUCAAGAGGAUUGGGGAGAUCUUUGACGAUCCCAAGUUCUAUGUGGACGGACCGACCGCAAACGAUGUCCGCCAGGGACGCGACGGCGACUGCUGGCUCAUGGCAGCGCUUUGCACGCUCAGCAACAAGCCGGGACUGAUCGAGCGGGUUUGCGUUGCCCGGAAUGAAGCCGUCGGUGUGUACGGGUUUGUAUUUCAUCGGGACGGCGAGUGGAUCAGUGAGAUUAUUGAUGACAAGCUGUACCUGAUUAAGCCCGAUUACGAUGAGCGGCGCAUGGGCUUCGACAUCAACAGGGAACGCGCCCUGUGGGAGGACAUCGACCGCCCAGACUCAGAGGAGAAAUAUAGACGAGCUUACCAGUCGAACUCAGAGGCACUCUAUUUUGCCCAGUGUGAGAACAAGAACGAGACGUGGCUUCCACUGCUGGAGAAGGCGUAUGCCAAAGCCCAUGGAGACUAUGCUGCCAUCGAGGGCGGGUACACUGGCGAGGGCAUUGAAGAUUUGACCGGCGGUGUCACCACCGAAUUGUUCACGAGUGAUAUCCUUGACAAGGAGCUCUUCUGGCAGGAGCUCAUGAAGGUCAACAAGGACUUUCUGUUUGGCUGCUCUACUGGCCAUUGGGGCCUUGGCUAUGGAGAAAGGAAGGGCAUCUACGAAGGGCAUGCAUACUCGGUUAUGCGGGCCGUCGAAAUGGACGGCGAGCGGCUCCUUCUGCUGAAGAACCCAUGGGGCAAAGGCGAAUGGACUGGCGCAUGGAGCGACGGCUCCAAAGAAUGGACUCCGGAGUGGCAGAUCAAGCUGAACCAUCGCUUUGGCGAUGACGGAGCAUUCUGGAUCUCGUACAAGGACCUGCUGCGCAAGUACCAGACCUUCGAUCGCACCAGACUUUUUGGGCCAGAAUGGAAAAUCAACUCCAUGUGGACGACGCUGAACGUCUCAUGGGCCCGGGAGUACCACGACACCAAGUUCUGCUUCACGCUGGCCAAACCAGGGCCCGUGGUCAUCGUCCUCUCCCAGCUCGACGACCGUUAUUUUCGAGGCCUGGAGGGCGAAUACGUCUUCGGCCUGGGCUUCCGAGUACACAAAGCCGGCGAAGACGACUACAUUGUCCGCACUUACACCACGUACCGCAUGAACCGCUCGUGCAACGUCGAGCUUGACCUCGACGCCGGCGAGUAUACGGUUCUGAUCAGAAUCGAGGCCGAUCGCGUCAAGGGAAUCCUGCCACCCGAGGAGGUGGUGCGCCGGAACGUGAAGAAACGCCGCGACAAGCUGCUCCGCAUCGGCCUGGCCUACGAUCUGGCCCACAGCAAAGCCAGGAUCGUCGAGACGGCCGAGGAGAAGGCUGCGCGCGAAGCGUACGUCAAGCGCAAGAAGGAGAAGCAGCGCAAGGCCAUCCGAAAGGCUGUCAUGAACUCGAGGGAGAAGAACAACUACGUCAAACGCAAGGAGUGGUUCGCCAAUCGGAAGGAACAGGCCUGGCAGAAGGAGCUGCAGAAAAGACGGGCUGCCAAGCGCGAGGCCAAGCGCGAGGCCAAGCGGAAGGCUGCCGAGGAAGAGGCGAAAUGGCGGCGGGAGGAAGCACGUGGGCAUGCAGAGCAGACGAACAAGACGGAGGGGCCAGGGCCGGAAAAGGAGCAGCCAGCAACUGAAGGGAGCCAGCCUCCCAAGGGUUCGGACGGCAGGACCACGGUCGAAGAAAUGAAGGAAACGACGGCUGAAGAAGAGACAAGGGCCGAAGGCAACGACGAGAAGAAGGAACAGGCGGAACCUGAGGCCCAGGCCGAUGCAACUGGAACAGCUGGGCCAGAGAAAACGGCAGCUGAGCCCAAGCAAGACGAGGCACAACCCAAGGAUGAGACCGUUGAGCAGGCGGCGUCAACAAACGCCACAGAGAAGACAUUGUCGGUUUCAAGCGCGGAGACACCCGCCUCGGGACCUGCUGAAGCCAAACCAAAAGGUGGAGCCCCUGAAGCAGCAGAGAACGGGAAGCAUACAUCUCCUUCAGAACCAGCACCGGCCGUGGCAGAACUAGGGGGUUUGGAGUCUGCAAAGAACCCCUCAGAAGCAUCACCUGAAGUCGCCGAGAAGCCCUCACCGGAUGUUGCAACCAAGGAUGAGCAAACUCCCGCCGAGAUUGCACCAGGCAGCCGCCCCAACGCCCACUUCGAACAGAAAAUCAGGAAUGCCCUCGAGGUAGUUACUAGCGUCAAAAAGGAGCUCGAGGGCCUCCUGGGCGAGAGCCCAGGCCACCCCCCACAAGCAGUAGAUGCGGGCAACGGGCCCGAGGUAGAGGCCAUGCCCGGCGCAUACCUUGACGCUCCCGGAGCAUACCCUCCGCGUCACCUGCCCGGUGCAUAUCCUCCUCAACCCCACGGUCCGCCCGGCCCGCCCGGCCCUUCUAGUUCCAUUGGCGGUUCCCGACGCCUCGGCCCCCUAUUCCGCAGCGGCGGCAGACCAGAAUGCGAAUCCGAAUCCGACUCCGAUGUCGACGACGACGGAUCCGACCUCUGCAGCAUCCGCAGCGUCUCGGACCUGUCGGAGCGCGAGCUCGACUACAUCGUCGAGGGCGAAGAGCGCGAGGCGGCGGCGGCAAGGGCCGAGGUGCAGCGCCGCGGCAUCCCCAACGGCCCGCUGCCGCCGCAGCUGCAGCCGCAAGACGAGUUUGAGCGCGACCCGUGGAAUGCGGUCGCGGUCGUCGGGCUGCGGAUAUAUUACAAGGUCGCGGAGGAGGAUAAGGACGUGGAUGGGUUGGUUAAGUUGAGGGUUGUAAGGCCUAAUUGUUGGGAGUUGAGUAAUGAUGAGGAGGAGGAGGAAGGGGAUGGCGACGGGGGAGUGGGAGAGGAUGGGGAGGGUGGGAAGGAAGAGGGCUCGGAUGAGACGCAGGUAUUGGAUGUGGAUGAUAGUGCUAAAGAUGCUACUGUGAAGGUAGAGGGUUGAUUGACGGGAUGGAUGUCCGGCUGGAUAUGGGAGGAUAUUUGGUUUUGGGUACUCCGCUCAGCUUUGGGAGGCCAUUGUAUACGGCGUAUGUCAAAGUCUUAUAUACCUGCAUUCCUUUCCACACUCAUUGCGAGCAUCUAAAGCUUGGACACACCCAUCUCCUCAAGGUGCCUCAGGAGCGCAAAGUAUGGGUAUGGAAUUGCAUCUUAGAUGGUCUGGU